CGCGCGCCAGUCCGCCGCCGACCCGCGCCGCGCUUACACGCGCACUACAUCCCCGCGCGAAGCUACACACGCGCAACUGACGCGAUCGCGAACUCCGAUUCCCUUUUUGUUUAUUUUUCGCGUCCUUCGAAUCGUUUUGUUUUACCGAGGCGGCGAAAGAAGACGCCGCAUGGAUCGAGCCACGAGAGAAGACUGGUGCAGGCCGCCCGGCUAGCCGCCGCUCCACCCACCAAAAGACGACCCACAAACCAAAGCCUCCAGUCAUAUCUUUCGUUUAAAAUCUAAAUAUAAGCACUAUUUUUUAAACCUUUUAACGAUAAACCGUACAUAGUAUACGCUAACUCCCAAACAGUACAAAUUAAUUUAAGUCUGAAGUGAUCGGUAUUUACAAUAAGAAGAACAAACGAGCGAAAGAAAAAUCUAUCAACGACCAGUAUUUAAACGUUCCAAAAUAAUAGAUAUCGUUAAACGAGUGCACAAAAUAUUUAUCGAUCGUUAACGCAGUCGACGCAUUUUUCUAAAAUUCAGCCAAAGAUUUUAUAAAACCGUAGUUAAGACUCGUGUGUAAACUGCCUCUCGGGGAUUUUUAUAUUUAUUUGUUAGUGAUUAACGAAAUUGUGAUUAGUGUAGUGUAAACCAGUGUGCCGUAUAACCGUAAUUUAAGUGCUAUUUAAACAGACUUUAACCAAUUAACUUUAGGCAGUCAGAGUACAAAUAUCAAGUUCCAGUGCAGCGAGUGUUCAUAGCGAGAUAGACUUAGUAGAGCUUAUUUUUGUAAAACUUUACGUGUUGAGCGUUUGUGUUGCGGUGAGGAUGAGGAUCCGCUACCGCCGCGGAAGGGCGCCAUGAGCGAGGCGCUGCGGAGCGAAGCGGGCGCGGACGCGCACCUGCCGCCCUUCUCGACCUUCGUCGGAGACAUGGCCGAGAACGAGCAGCGCAUCCUCGCGGCCGACGCGCGCCUGCUCGACCCUGGCUGGGAGUACUACGAGCGCGGCGACGCCGUCUCCGUCAUCGCCAGCCAGGCGCAGUACCGCCCCUGGGAGUCCAUGCCCAUCACCGUCGGCGCCAAGGACGCCAUCCUGCGCGCCGGCUUCUCCUCCCCCCUCGACUACCAGUCCGUCACGCUGCAGCCCAUCAACAAGCUGCCGUCCUUCCAGAGCCAGUUCCAGACGUUCCCGGAGACGACCGUCAUACCAGAGACGGGGCUGCCGAGCGUGACGCCCGUGCCGGUCACGGCCAGCCCCACGCCCAGCGCUAGCCCUAGCCAGCUGACGCAGCUCACGCAGCUGACGACGCCAUCGUCUCCCGCGCACCUCACAACCCUGGCGCAGGUCACGCCGCUCUCCACGACCCUUACUACGCUAUCGCCUGUCAACGCUACAACAUUCCAUACGCUCACGGCAGUAAACGCCAGGAGUUACCCCAUUGUCCCGGCGCCGCUGCAAGCCCGGGAGCUCGCACCCGCCGGACAAGCUUACAUUGACGACCGGCACAUACAGCUAUACCAACCAAAUAUCGCUACGAUCAAUGCUUUUCCUACUCAAAAUGGCAUUUUACACCAAAAUGGGACAAUCCUCCAUCAAAAUGGGAGCUUACUACAGAACAUUCAGAGUCCAACCGUGGUUCACGUGUUGAAAAACGAGCCGUUCGAUAUGAAAUCGCUCCAAGAGAAAUACACACCGAACGGGCUACAUCACAGUAAUUUCCAGAACCCGAUGUUGAUAGACAGCGGGUAUGAGAAGAAGAACGGUUUCGGGAACGGGUCGUCGCCCACGAGAUCGGAUUUUCGGAAGAAAGAGAGGCGGAAAAUGCGAGCGAACAGCUCAGAGUCGGACGGGUCUAACAUGGAGAUGGGAUCUGAGAGCAGCGGGCAGGUGGCCGCCGUGUCGUCCACCGCCGGCUUUAAAUCGCCGCUCCAUGGGGCUCCACCCAUGAGCACAGGGCCCAUGGAUCUAGACGACAUUUCUUCAGAGAAACAGACAAAGAAGAAGCGCAAGCGAUGUGGCGAAUGCAUCGGUUGCCAGCGCAAGGACAACUGCGGGGACUGCGCGCCGUGCCGCAACGACAAGAGUCACCAGAUAUGCAAGCAGCGGCGCUGCGAGAAACUCACGGAGAAGAAGCUUAUUUUGGGGCCGGACGGGACCCUGCAGACGGUGAAGAGCGAGUCACGCCGAGGUCGAGGCCGCGGCAGAACCGUCACGACGCCUGUCUUGCAAGACAUCAAGGUAAAUAUGAGCUACCGAGGCCGAAAGCCUCUAGGCGGCACCGCAGGCGUCCCCGGUCCCCCAGGCGUGGCCGUGCCCGGCGUGCCCGGCCUGAGCCCCGGCGUGCCCGCAGCAGCAUCGCCGAGCCCCGCGCCGCAGGCGCCGGCCGCCCCCAGCCCCGCGCCGGCUACCACGCCCGGCAUGAAGCAGGAACACCCUAGUCAACCCAUGGCCCCAAUGCCUUUCUACGCCGGCGAUCCCAACAGGUUCCCUGCGACCUGGCAAACCGACCCGUCACAAGGUUGGCAGAACCAGUUCAUCCAACAGCUUCCAACACAAACCGGACAGACCACCCUCGACUACCAGGGCAACCACACAGCGUACGCCACAUCGCCUCACUACCAGGCCAGCACCACUUACACCGUCCAGAACGUCGCCACCACCUUCGACGUGACCAACAACACAUACUACCAGGCGGGCGUCCAGGCCGUACCGGCCCAGCGACCGCCGUCCACUCGGGCGUACACCCCAGUGCCCUCGCCCCGAGCGCCACACUACCCAGAAUACCAACAGCAAUACGCUCAACAAGCGACUACUCCAGGAGUCACCGGCGGCAACGACUCCCGACCCGCCUCCGCCGCCUCAUACCAAAGCGCCGUCCCGACUACCUCCGCGCCCGUCUAUAGCGUCAGCCAACAAACUUAUGAGCGCACCGACUAUCAAGAACACUCAGAGGAGUACAAUGGUGAAAACGGCACCGGAGAAUCCAGCAACGACACGGAAAGGCAAGAGAGCACCCCGAAUGGACAGCAUUCGGGAAACGCCGAGCCUGGGUACCUGCAGGGGAGCAGCGGUCCGCGAGCUUCACUCGAUUGUAGCGGGUACCCGGGCGGCUAUAAUGGCGGACACCAGUACAGGGAGAACGGACAGAGCCAACAACAACAGCAGCAGCAGCAGCAACAACAACAACAACAGCAGCAGCAGCAACAGCAGCAGCAGCAACAACAACAGCAGCAACAAGAUUGGCAACAGCGCCAGUGGCAGCACAACCAAAGAAUAAACCAACAGAUCCAAAACCAACAAAUGCAGAAUCAACAGUUACAAAACCAACAAAUGCAAAAUCAAGUAAUACAAAACCAGCAGCAGAUUCAGAAUCAACAACAACAACUUCAGAAUCAGCAGCAACAGAUUCAAAAUCAACAGCAUAUGCAAAACCAGCAGCAAAUGCAGAACCAUCAGAAUCAACAUAUGCAACAGCAGCGCGAAGAUGCCGAGCAGCAGCUAUUCUCGCAAUCAGACCGCGUCAACCUCAACUCCCGACUGAAGACCAUGAUUCUCAAUAAGCAGAGUCAUGCACGCGACGGCUCGGGGACGCCGCCCGACAAGGGUGACCCCGGAGAGGGUCCACCCAGACCAAUCGACGAGAGAAAAGGCGGUGCCAUCACCGUCAGCGAUGACAGAAAUACCACCGGUCAUUUUUUAUCGUAUAGCCACCAUCUCCGAGAUAAUUACCGCUUAGGCGAGCAGUAUCCUGCCGCUGGUAAUUAUUCACAGAACGCUCACGCCUACGGUGCGAGCGAGUUCGGAGGUGGUGGCCACCACGUAUGGGAGGGGGGCACGGAAGUGCCGAGAGGUUAUGAUAAACACGUUAAGAACGCGAAGAAUCAGAAGCUGCCGUCCUACGCGGAUGUGCGAGAGCAGUACGGUUAUCCAUCUGCACCGUACGAAGCGCAGAAAUAUGCAGAAAUGUACGUUAGUGAUAGUUUAAGUUACAAUCAAACGGAUAGUAAAGAUUUCCAGUCGAAAAUGGUUAUAGGACCAGUAUCGGAAAUGAAUCAGCAGAACUGCGCGCCGGCGCGUGACACCAACGCACAAACGAGGAACUACGAUCACAGGGAGUACGACGCCAAAUUUAGACAUCCAUCGGCACCGCUAAUACCUAAACUAGAAACGCCAGAUUCGUAUCAAUACCCUAAGGACGAUAGGCUAAAGGACCAGUCUAGGCUUCCACAAAACGUACACCCAAAUUACUGCAAAAGCAAAGACAUGAACAAUCCCUACAGGGAGUACCCAAACGGUAUAGCACGCUCGCAAAGUACAGUGCUGCCACCUAUUUCUACUAUAAAGCAAGAAAAUUUUGGUCAAAAGGCGCAAAAUUACCAGAAUUUUCAGAAUUACCCGUACGAGAAAAGACAAGAGGCUGAAGUGUAUCCACGAUUACAAAAGAACAUGGGAUUUCAGAAGUACAAUCGGCAUUAUAUCGAGCAACAAAAACAAGCUAAGGAAUUGGAUAACCGAGUUAAUAUUGAGAACGCAUCGGAGCCAACACCACCUUACUAUAUAGAGCAAAUAAAAUCGGAACAUUCUCCUCCUGGCCAUAAGAUUUACAAGAAUUUAAGUUACAAUGUUCCAAAAAGCCAUGAGCCUUAUAUGUACCCCGGGGACGGCGGUCCAGUGUCGAUUAACAACGAGAUAGGCUACUCUUGCUGCCGGCAGGGGUCUACCAAGAAGCCGCCUGCGGAACAUUUACGAGAUGGCGCCUGUCCCGGCCUUCAGACCAAGGACGAAAUCCUCGAAGACGAGCCUGAGGAAAAAGACGCCAAAAAGCCGCCAACCCCCGUCCCAGAUAUAACUAAAGUUAAGGAGAACCAGUUCAACUACUCGAAGGAAUAUUUGGAGAAUCUGGAACGGCUAAGGAACAAUUCGAGGACGGAGGUGCCUGACUGCAAUUGCUUUCCCGCUGACAAGAAUCCUCCAGAACCUGGCAGCUAUUACACUCAUUUAGGAGCAGCUGCAACCCUAGCAGAGCUUCGCAAGGAGCUCGAAGGACGUACAGGCUUGUCAGGCAAAGAGUUGCGCAUCGAGAAAGUUUGCUACACCGGCAAGGAAGGGAAGUCGGCCCAGGGCUGCCCCAUGGCCAAGUGGGUAAUCCGUCGCUCAAGCUACAGCGAGAAAGUUCUCGUGGUGGUGAAAUGCCGCGCUGGACACAAGUGCCCGACCACGUGGAUCGUGGUGUGUCUGGUGGCGUGGGAGGGCAUCCCGCAAUCCGAGGCCGACUUGGACUACACGCUCUUGUCGCACAAACUCAACCGCUACGGCUUGCCUACCACUCGGCGAUGUGCUACUAACGAGAACAGAACAUGCGCUUGUCAAGGACUGGACCCAGAAUCCUGCGGCGCCUCCUACAGCUUCGGCUGCUCCUGGUCGAUGUACUACAACGGCUGUAAAUACGCACGUUCCAAAACCGUCCGCAAGUUCCGAUUGUCCGUGAAAACAGAAGAGUCCGAGAUAGAGGAGCGAAUGCACGUGCUAGCGACGCUGUUGAGCCCUCUGUACAUGAACUUAGCCCCGAAGAGCUUUGAGAAUCAGUGCCAGUUUGAGAAGGAGGCGUCGGAUUGUCGACUGGGGUUUAAACCGGGACGGCCGUUUUCUGGUGUAACAGCAUGCAUCGACUUCUGCGCCCACGCUCACCGCGACUUGCACAACAUGAACAACGGCUGCACCGCCGUCGUCACGCUGGCCCGCCACCGCUCGCUCUCCAAGCCCAACGACGAACAGCUGCAUGUGCUCCCUCUGUACGUGCUGGAUACGACGGACGAGUUCGGCUCGAGGGAGGCGCAGGAGGAGAAAAUCAAGAGCGGCGCGCUCGAGGUGUUGGAUAAAUAUCCUAUGGAAGUACGCGUGCGCUCAGUUCCACUACAGCCCUGCCGGAGGCACGGAAAGAAGCGGAAGGACGAAGAAGCGACCGACGCCAACAGCUCCAGCGGCAGCCAGGCCAGCCCCACCGGCCACAGGAAGGCCGCGCCGCCCUCGCCGCGCGCGCCGCAGCCCGACGCGCGCCCGCCCGCCAGCCCGCGCAGCCAGCACAGCGCCUCCCCCCGCGCGGUCACCCCCUCCAACCCCUCGCCCUUCACCAACAAUUCCUUCAACUCCGCCUUCAACCCCAUGCACAACUCCUCCGGCCUCAUGAACCCCAACCUGAGCAACCCCGCCCUGCUCGACAUGGCCACCAUGAUAGACAACUUCACCGACGCCCAGCUGCAGAGCAACCAGAUAUCCAGCACCGUUCUGGACUCGCCGUACAACUCCUACGAGCAGAACUACAAUCUGCACCACCAGAACGCGCUGUACCCGAACCACGUCAACAAUCCCGCGCCGGUCGAAAGCUGCCAGAAUCCUAACCCCGAUGAGCUUCCCGGUUUCGCUUCCGGUCUACAGAAAAGGGACCAGUUCCCGAACCCCCCGAAUAGCGAUCAGAUGAACCCCGCACAGAACCAAUGGCCCGAUUUCGCCGGCGCCGAAAUAUUCAGCAACGUCGUCAAGGAGGACCCCGAUUCCACGACGGCGCACCUCAACGUUCCGCCGAACAACUACAGUCCGGACUCUAAUAGAAGCGAAACAAAUUCAGACACGUCCCAAAAGAAUCCCUCGGAAACGGAUAAAAACUCUCUCAUAGCUGAUCUAACCCAGAAACUUCCAGACUUUGAUAUGCCAAGCUCCCCGAGACUGACUGAGAUUUCUCAGAAAUCUCAGAGCACCCCGGCCUCGCCGGCCCCUUCUCAAGUGCCCGAGUUAAAAUCUCCAAAUAACAGUACUGAAUUAAAUGCUUCCUUAGAAUCGCGAAAGAGUGUGUGGAAAUCACCCGAAUCCAAGACUUGGGAUCCUUCUAAAACUAAGGAACCUACGACUCCAGAAAAUGAAAACGCCUUGUUCAGGGUUCCAAAGGCGCGGCCUCCGUCGCGAUCACAGCACGUCAAUCCAGCCGAAGGCAUGGAGAACACCACAUUCUUGAAACCAUAUCCACCUUCCGACAGAACGCCUCUAGCACAAGGAUACGAACACAGAAGUCCAUACGACAAUAGAUCACCGAACAACACUGCCGCACAAACUGCCACGUCCCAAGCCAACUACACAAUCAGCCAUGACGAUAACCAGAAUAUGGCCGCGGCCAACAAACCGACUGAGUUCUCCGGCAGCAACUUCCAAGCUGUCAAUCAACAAUGCUACGGAAAUCAAGCUCCAAUUCAGGGCUACGGCAACUACCCCCAGGUGGCAAACGCCUACAGCUUUUCGCCAAAUCCGUACGGACAUUUUAAUCCGUACGAAAACACGUACAACGACUACAACAGCUUGGCGUACUACAACGCCGAGAAGUACAAAAGGGAGGAGCUGCUAAGAAAUCCCCACUGCUACAACUCGUACGGGUAUCAAUAUAAUCCUAAUUUUGCGCCAAAUUUUUAUCAAAAUCCAAGUCCGAACUGGUGCCAGUCGUCGCCGAACUGGUGCCUGUACCCGCCGGCCUUCUCCAUCCCCUACCCGCCCGAGCCGCCCAAGGCGGAGCCCAUAGGGGAGGUCACCGAGGUCACCGACAACCUCGAAUGCUUCAAGGACGGCCAGAUGGGCGGCGUCGCCAUCGCCCUCGGCCACGGCAGCGUGCUCUUCGAGUGCGCCAAGCACGAGAUGCACUCGACGACGUCCGUCCGGACACCCAACCGGAUGAAUCCGACUCGAAUAUCACUGGUUUUCUACCAGCACCGGAACCUCAACCGUCCGAAGCACGGCCUCGAGGAGUGGGAGGAGAAGAUGAGACUAAAGAAGCUGGGGCUGAACCCGUCGCCUUGCGCGGCCGGCUCCAGCCCCUCGUCGCGCGCCGGGACGCCGGGCACGCCGGGCCCGGCGGCCCCCGCGAGCCGGCCCGGCGCCGGCCCCGGCCGCGCCUCGCUGGCCGCGCUCGUGGAGGCCACGGCGGCCGCGCGCCGCGCCGGCCACGUGCUGCUGCGCGCCGCCACCAACACCACCACGUCGUGGACCACGCUGUUCCCCAUGCACGGCUGCACGGUCACGGGCCCCUACCAGGAGUCGGCCACCUGACGGCCCGCGCGCCGCCCGCCGCCCGCCCCGCUCGUCGCGACCGAGUGAGCGAGACGAGAGAUGUUGCCUUUCCAUUAGUAGACUCUCUAGGUAGAGACGCAGUGCUUUCCGACUAUUGUAGUUCCUCGAUUUAUAAAAUUUAAAUGUAAGUCGGGCCGGUCCGGGUCUUUUCUGGACGCCGGCCGUCCCCGGUGACCCGAGUGAGUUUCCGAUCAAAGAUGUAAUUUUAAGUUAUAUUUUUUAAUAGUGUUUAUCGCAUUUCAGCUAGUCUUACGUUACUAUGUUAGUAUCGAAUCGUGUAUAGUCGAAGUGACCGUUAUCGUGUAGAUUUGUUUUUUGUAUAUUCUUGUCGUAGAAAUCGAUUUGUGGCCCUUUUUGGAUCUAGUUUUUAUUAUUUUACAUUCUAUGUUUUAAAAUAGAAUGGUUAGUAUUUUGUCUGCAUAUUUUGUGGGUGUUUUCUAAUACGACGCAAUGCGUGUGCAUCGCAAUGAUCUCAACUACUAACCUGUGACUAGCUUACGAGACAGAGUACAAAACGUCAGACGAUACUCGCGCCGCGACGCUACUUGCAGUUGGCGAGCGUGUUUAUUGAUAUUUUUGUACCUUUGUUUAUGUAUUUAAGUUGUUUUAAUUGUAUUUUAAUUACCAUUCCUCUGUAUUGCUGAUCAUUUUUUAGGCGUAUUUAUUAUUAUUAAAUCAAACGGUGGCGCUCGAGCGACACGGUUAGUACCACAAAGAUAUGAGUGCUUUUCUAUUAGGUUAGGAUGUGUGUAUUUUUAACUUUUUAGAGUAUUUAACUUAUUUAUAUUGUAUUACGUGAACCAUUGUCAGAUCAUUUCCUUUGUAACGGUUUAGUGUUACUGUAGACAUUAAUAUAUUUCCUUUACGUCAUCACAUUAAAUUAUUGCAGUUGUUUUUAGCAUGUUCAAGUAGCCUUCUUUACUUUUCACUAGUGCCUGCAUGUUCGGCCGCAGACCGAGGUCUGUAGACAUUCGAUAUUAAAUUAAUCAUUGCCUUGUUCGUUUGAUCAAGUGACGCGUCUACUAACUAAUCAUCUAACGUAGACGAUAAAAUUUUAUAAAAUUAGGUACAUACAAUAAAAAGAUGAGUAAUAAAUUACAUACAUUUAUAUAAGAUAGAUUAUUUGCAGAAAAACAAUUGUCAGGCGCUUGGAAAGAUUAUAAAGUAGGCGUAUUAUUGAAAAUGAAUGAAAACAUACUGAUUAAUAGUUAUUAAUAUAUAAUUAGCGUAAGAAAAAGUUUGUUUUAAAGAUUAAACUAUUGAUAUAGUUUAUAUUUUUUACGUGUACGUAUUUAUUGAACGGUAAAUUUAUUGGGACGAACGUGAAAUUAUUUAUAGGUUAAUAGUUUUGAUGGCAAAACUUAUAAAAAUUAAGCAAUAAUAGACAUCGGAGUCUAUGUAAAUUGUAAGGUAGGAGUGAAAUUAAAAUUAACGAAUGGUGCGAAUUGUCGUCGAUCUUAUGGAAAUGCUUAACGUUUCAAAACUUACCAAAAUUUGCCUAAAAUUGUAUUUGGAUAUUAUUUGUGUAGACGUUGUAGGAAGUCUUGCCAUUGCCAGUUGCCAACGGUCGUGAUCCAGCUCUGGUCCCGUCGGGACUGCACAUAUCAAACCCAUCGCAAUAUUUAUAAUGAUAGUUAUCUACGCGUUACAAACCUCAUUUAUCCAACUUCCAACCACGUUACUAUCAAAAUGUCUUCUUGGUGUAUUUUGUCCCUCGUCAAUUUUAAGUAUACCGACUUUUGAUCGUACUGUGGUACUAGCAUUAAACCGAGUUUAUAAUUUUAUACGCGUUUUGCACGGGCAAAAUUUUGACACCAAAAUUGUAAAGAUAAAAUUUGUAGCGUAUGUAAAGAAAUCAUGUAUCAUCGGUCUUUUAUAAGCGUUGUAUCAGUUAGGUCACUAGAAACCUGUGAUAUACCCAUUAACUUGAGUGCUUGGACUGCUUGUAACGUGUAUUCUUCAGUGUGCAUGAAAGUAUGCGGUAUUUUUCAUCAAAUUCUAAACUCAAAACCAAAAACGACCAGUAUUGUCAUAAAGUUGUAACCAAAAAGCAUGACGUUUGUUGAUUAAUUUCGCCUGGUUUCAGGUGUUUUAAAUGUGGGUUAUUAACUUAUUACCAUGUGGUUUUUACAAUUUAGGUUACUUUACGCCCUGCGCGUUAAUUUAAGUUACGACAAACCUAUUGUGUAACAAUAUUUUUAUUGUCUUCUGCCAAAACAAAAGAGUAAUCGAAUGUGUCAUGUAAAUAGAACUACCAUUAUUUAUUAAUACAAUAAUUUAAAACGA